AUGACACUUGUCGCGAUCUUCAGUCUCAGUCUCGACCUACAGUACAUGCCAAAGAGACCGAGACACUUGUCUCGGUCGCUGGUCUCAGUCUCCUGUCUCGGUCUCCUGUCUCUGUCGCGGCGCGAACCGCCACCUUUACAAGUGAAAACAAAUGUCAAGUUGAGUAUAGGCUAUAUUAAUGUCCAGUGCCUGCGCACAAAGCUUAAUCUUGUUGACCUGUUUGCUUGUUCUUAUGCUAUUAGUAUUUUGUGCAUAAGUGAGCAUUGGCUGAAGUCUGAGGAGAUACCAUUCUACAGCUCCAUAGGUGAUUUGGUAUUGGCUAACUCUUUCUGCCGCACAGUGCAUGGUCAUGGUGGUGUUGCUAUCUACGUUAAUAAGGAACUGAAUUUCAAGGAGUUAAAUCUACAAGCUUUUUGUAGGGAGUUCGUAAUUGAAAUUACUGGCAUAGUUCUGACUCAUCAUAGUACUAUUGUUUUGGUUGUGUACCAUACUGGAAAUGAACUUGAAGAGUUCCUGAGUCGAUUGGAUGACUGUCUUGCUUAUAUAGCAAAUUUUAGCAUGCAGAUUAUUGUGAGUGGUGAUUUUAAUAGUCAUUUCAAUUACAGUCUACCAGCGCAGUACAGACUUGAAAAUUUGCUCCGGAGUUUAAACCUAUAUUUUUGCAAUAGACUCCCAACUAGAGGUCCAAAUUGCAUCGACAAUGUUGCAACUAAUUUAAGCAGUGGUGCUUUUGAAGUCAGUGUGGCAAAUCCCCAGGUUGCAGAUCAUCUUGCCAUUGUUGUGAAACUGCUUGUUGGUACACAGGUCGAGAAAGCCACUGAUUGGCAUGCUGAUUAUGAGUUCUGUUACAGAAAAAUCAAUCUAGGUGUUGUUCAUCAUUUCAUUCAAAUUUUCAAAAGUGAGAUUGUGCCCAUUUUACAUGAUGACCAGGUGUCCACUGUAAAAAUUUAUAAAUUUUUCUGUGAAAUUAUCAGUGUUUUUGAUUCUAUUUUUCCAGUCAAGUCAAGAAGUAGCCGGAUGAGCUCUCAUGCCCAAACCAGGAGAGCUAGAAGGAAAAAUGUUGGAGACUGGUUCUCACAUGAAUUGAACAUGUUCAAGUUUGCUGUAUCUCUUCUGUACCAGAAAUAUGAGCUGACUCAGGACAGGAUGGCUAAAGAAGUAGCAUUUAGCAGGUAUUUGAGGGCACGGAAGCUUCUCAAUCAGGAGGUGGACCAAGCAGUUAAGAGGAAAAAUGCUGAUGCUAUACUUGACUCUCAGAACCCAUGUAAAUCGGCCUGGAAGCUCAUUAACAAGUGCAGAGCGUCUACACAGCCUCAAUGUGAUUUCAGUCCAGAUGUUAUGAACAGUCACUAUCUGAACUCCGUGGAGGCCAUUCUUCAACAGAUUCCAGUGACUCAGCCAAAUGGUGUUGGAGAUGUAGAAGCGCAACCCACUGUUUUUUCUGUAUGGAGGAGAGUCUCGAAGAAUGAUGUAUUGAAAAUAGUGACUGCUUUUAAAAAUUCACCUUCUCAGGACAUCUAUGGAUUUACUGUGGCUUUCUUGAAAUCAGUGGUUGAUGAGAUGGCACCUCAUCUUGCCAGUGCCUUUAGUCAGUGUCUUAAACUGGGCUACUUUCCGAAUUGUUUGAAGUUGGGUAAAACUGUACCUAUAUAUAAAAAGAGAGAUGAGAAGGACAAGAAUAACUUCCAACCAAUUAAUGUUACCCCCUUACUCGGAGAAAUCUUAGAGGUUGCCAUGAAGGAUCAGCUAAUGGACCAUCUUGAGAGGAAUAGUUUGCUGUCUGAUAGACAACAUGGCUUUGGAAAGUCCAAGUCCACACAAACCGCCCUGCUGGCCCUGAUCAACGAAGUCAUUGAUGCAUUCGAGAGUGGAGAUUCUGUGGCAGUGAGGCUGUGUGACCUGUCACGUGAUUUUGACUGUGUGUCUCAUGAGCUUCUCCUUGGAAAGUUGAGUCAGUAUGGUAUAAAGGACAUUGUUUCUGACACUUUCAAGUCUUAUCUUUCUGACAGAAGGCAGAUAGUGGAUUUUCGGGGUGCAUCAUCUGGCGAGCUGCAUGUACGGCAUGGGGUACCGCGGGGCUCUGUCCUGAGGCCGGUCCUGUUCAUCCUGCAUAUGAACGAUUUGAGAGUUGGCAGAAGUGAGCUGCUGUUUGCAGAUGACACAACCCUUGUUGGGAGAGGAUCCUCGCCUGCAGCUGCCACCCUUGAGUUGGAGGAGUCCUUUGCUGGUGCAGAACGCUAG